ACUUGCACACUAUUACUUUGAUCGUAUAAGUAGAUGGACCAAUAUUAGAUAAAAAGUGGUGACUAUAUACAGUCAGAAUGAAUAAACCAAAAGAUUGGUGUAAAGCGAUAUUUAUUCUUCCUCUGACAGCUGGGAACUGCAAAAACAAAAUACACCAGAAUUACAUCUCCCAUGAUGGCAGUAUUGCGGGAUUAAUUAUGCUAACCAGUUUAGUAGUCAUUCUAGCUGAAGUAAUAUACAUUUGUAAUUCGUUUCAGCAUACAAACAAAACGGCACCGGAUAUCUCUCGACCACUUCUUAUUGUAUUGAACUGUACUGGAAUUUUGUCCUGUAUCUCAGUUGGAAUACGAGAACAAUUAAGAAAGAGAUAUAUUUUAGACACUAAAUCUCAUGAUAAAAGCAAAUUCCUUAAGUUGAAAUUUUUAUGUUUGUUUUGUCUGGGAUGUGUAGUAUAUCGUAUCCUGAAGAUAGCUGUCCAUGUUAAAUGCAAGGUGUAUGUCCGUAUCAACGAUAGCUUGGGAGUAGCCAUUUUAUAUGAUACUUCGUGUGUUUCAUUUUAUCUGGUACAGACAUGCUUUAUCUAUUAUUUCUGUAAAUAUAAAUUCGUCAAUUCUUUGUUUACGUUUUAUGGUUUGAUCAUCAUUGUACUGACAAAUAUUUCAUCGUGGACGUACGAAGCUACUGAAGAACACGAUUUUUCGAAAAGGUCUCUCGAAAACACCACAGAUCGGUGUUUGGAAAGAAACACCUCUUUUUCCGUAAUCAGCCUGUUUCAAAAUGCAAGACCAUUUACAGAACCCAUGCUCACCGAGUACCCGCUCCUGUGCUUAAUAUUUUUGUCUGGAAUAUGGCCGAGGACACUGAAUAAGCCUUGUAAUAUGGACAGUAAUGAGUCGUACGGAGCAUCAGAAAUGACAACAUUGUUACAAAGCCAAAGUAGCAUAUCGAGUAGACCUGAAACUGUUCCACGAAAGUUAGGGGUAACAUACUGUAUUAUACUAAUAAGUGGCAUGAUACAUUUACCUUCUCUAGUUGUUCAAGUACUGAGAAUAUAUGGGGAUUUAGGAGAAGAUUAUUUCUGGAUUUCAUCUUUAACAACAUCACUCGAAUAUACAGUACUGCUACUUGCUCUUGUGGGUUGUUUUCAUGCAAUGAAACAUCAAUGUAGGCCACGUAAAGAGAAUACCUCAUAUGACAUUGGAAAUGUUCUGUUAAUUCUUUGUUUUAUUAUAACGACAGGGACCUUUACUUUGCCCUUUAUAGAGGAGCAAAUGUUUCCCAUUUCCACAUAAUAUCGAAGUUUAUUUACUAUUAGGGACAUUUUAUCGAUUAUCGGUCUGUACCUCCAAACUGUAUAUAUUUUACAGAUGACUAAAUACACAAUAACAUCAUCCAGGUCGCAGUAUUUUUCCGUUCAUUAUAAAUGUCUUUUAAUUGGCCUAGUUAAUUUUGGUUUUUGGAUCUCAGAUACUUUCAUAUUGGUUCAAUAUGACAACAAAUUCCGCUACCGUUACUCCACUAGUAAUAUACAGAUAGAAAAUAAUGAAAUUUUCUUUAUUGCUUUUGUUCUGUUUUACAGAUUUGAAUGUGUCAUGUGUUUUUAUUCUUUGUACAGGUCUUAAUUUGCAUAAUACAUUUUUAAAACGCGUGUUUGAAAAUAAAACUCAUCUUCAUAUACAA